AUGGUGCUUUCACUUGGCCAGUCCCUAAAACCAAAUCGCCACCAUAACUCAGAAGCCUUAUCGGCUUCAUUAUCAAAUUUUCGAUCCGAAAUGUCGAAUCUUCGUAACCAGCUCGCGUUGAAAUCUGAGUCAGAAUUUCUGUCCCUGCCAUGGUUUCUCCGUUGCUAUGAGAUGCUGAAUAUGAGCAACAAGGCUUUUGCAAAGCUGGCUGUGGAUAUAGACUACCCCAUGAGCAAAUGGGGAGAUGCUGCUACACAAGAAUAUCUUGACUACACCUUCAACUCGAUGAACCUGCUGAACUCCAUUAGCUCCUCUCUUUCUCAUUUAAGCCAGGCAAAGCUCGAGCUUUCUCACGCUUUGAGCCUCGUCAAGAACUCUCCUUCCUCUGCAGCACAACUUCUGAAGAAAAUUCAGGUGAAGGGUCCUAGAAAUAAUUUCAAAGCGGAAAUUUUAGCUAAAAGUGAAGAGAUGGGUUGUUCUAAGAAGGAAUGUGUUGUUCUUCAAGCUUUGCUUGUAAUGAAGAGCACUGGAUUAUGGGUUAUUGGCUUGGUCUUGUUGGGUCUCUGCGGUGACAUCAAACCGUACCUGGAAAUACGGAAAUCUGCAGCUUUAUCCGAUAGUUCUUUACCAGAAGAAGUGGAAUCCAGAGUCUGCAAAUUGAUCAUAGAAAAAAAGGGGGUGAUGGAAGAGUUGAAACAGCUGAUCAACAAGGCUGCGGCGCGUCUUGCAGAGGUUAUACCCGGCGAAAGAUGGAAUGAUGCUGCAGAAAAAGAAUUGAAGACAAGAUUAGAAUUGUUAGAAAAUUUAAUCCAGGGCAUAGAGAAGCAAACAAAUAAUUUGUUCUCUGAAUUUCUAGCUGCCAGAGACAAAUUGCUGGACUGCUUUCGAAAUACGAAACACAAGCCAUAA